AUUUAUUUUAUGCACCCCAUCCAAGUAAGCUAUUUCUACAACUUUUAGAUUUCACAGAUCCGAGCGAUAAACAGAGUCACACUAUACGGGAACUUUUGGAAGCAAUUUACCCCAGGGUUGAUAAGCAAGAAUACAUCAUCAAACUGGAACCCAUAGAAACAAAUCAUAAUGCAGUGUACCAGCAUGUAACUAGACUCGAUGAUUCAGUCCUCAAUGUAGAGACAUACAGUCCUGAAACUUCGAGCCCGUUACCAGUGCAAGAGUCAGAUAUUGAAAAGAUGCCAGAGAUUGUACCAGAGGAAACAUUGGAACUUGUCCAUUCAGUUCCUUCAGAGCUUAUUAAGAAAGAAAUAUCAGCCCAAAGGUUAGAACAAAGUCCGGAACCUCUCCUUACAGAGAUAGAGAUCUCCAACGGUUCCAGUCUUGCUCCCCACUUGGUCUGCUGCCUCUGUGCAAAAACUUUUAAUUCCCGACGUAGUGUCAGGCGACACAUUAGAAAAGUACAUAAAAAGAAGAUGGAAGAACUGAAAAAGUACAUCGAAACAAAGAACAGUGCGGGGCACCAAUCCUCCCUGUCUAACACCAGAAAGCGCUCAAAGGGCAUUGGAGUGGUCACUGUGGGUAGGAACUGUCCCGUCUGCCACAAGUUCUUUGCCACAAAAGCAAAUGUACGUAGGCACUUUGAUGAGGUGCACAGAGGCCUAAGGAGGGACUGCAUUACACCUGACAUUGCCACCAAACCAGGGCAGCCACUUAGCUUGGAAGAGACAUCAACUGAGCAUCUGGUGGUCCCUGUGCCUCGCAAGCGCAAGUCUUCCUCAAAAGCAGAGUACAACCUGACAGCAUGCAAGUGCCUUUUGUGCAAGAGAAAGUAUAGCUCGCAAGUUAUGUUGAAGCGCCACAUGCUGAUUGUGCACAAAAUGAAUCUGGGAGAGAGUCUGUCCAAGCCCCCGGAGCAGAGUACGGCUAUGCUGUGCUGCGUGGAGUUGACUGAAACUAGUGCCUACUGCACAGGCAACAUAGAGGGGUCUCUGCCCACCAAUAGGCCCUCACCUCAGGGCGAGCCCAAAGGCUCAAGCCAAACGGGAGAGAAGAAAAUCACCCCAGUGCUGAAAAACAAAGUGAAACAAGAAAACGAGAGUCCAAAGGCUUCAAGUCCGGCUGCUGUAAUUGGCCACUCCAAGCCCAGGAAACCCAAGCUCUCGAUGGGUUUUGACUUCAAGCAGCUCUACUGCAAGCUGUGCAAGCGGCAGUUCACCUCCAAACAGAACCUGACAAAGCACAUUGAGCUGCACACAGACGGCAAUAAUUUCUAUGUCAAGUUCUACAAGUGCCCGCUUUGUACCUAUGAGACACGCCGCAAGAGGGAUGUCGUACGGCACAUAACGGUAGUGCACAAGAAGUCAACCCGCUACCUGGGCAAAAUCACCGCCAACCUCGAGAGCCGAGCAGUGAAAAAACCGAUAGAAUUUGUGUUGAACAGAGUGCCGAGGAGAGGCCCCCAGAGAGACGAAGCCAAGCACACCAAGAAGCACGACAGCACUUCUGCCUCCCCUGUCCCCUGCCCUGCUGUCACUGGCAGGAAAACUGAUGCAACGGAGCCUGGCACUGAAGUAAAGUUCACCAAACACUUUUCACUGCACAAGUGCACUAAGUGUGGAAAAGCAUUUGCCAAAAAGACCUACCUGGAGCAUCACAAGAAGACGCACAAAAAUGCAGUUGUAGCGCCGGAGGGAAAUAAAAAUGUUGGCCGCAGCACCCGAUCCAAGGCCCUUCUCUCUGAUACUUCCAGAUGACAUGUCCAUAAAUGGACUUUUUGGGAUUCUUGUCGUUUGAAGAUUCAAAUUGGUAGCCGAGACACUGAGAAUCAUUGAGUAAAUAGCAGCUGUGAAGAAAUAGGAAACCAAAGCAGCAUGGGCAGGAAAUUAGGAGCAAUUCUGUGAAAUGACGUUCAAAACAAGAGAAGAUUAUAUCUUUAAGUACCAAAAUGUAAACUGGUACAACAUUCCGGACUGGCUGACCUGCCACUCUGGCAGAAACAUACUGUGCUGUACCAACAUUGAACAGCAUGUUCCUUUCCAGCACCUUGGUGAAAUGUGCUCUGCGCUCACGAGUGAAUAGAUCUUGCAACUGACAAAUCUUUUAUGGGAACAGAGGAACAGGUUGAUUGAAAAUCGUGGCACAGUUAUAAUUCUGCUGUUAGUGGUGUAUGUUUGUUACGAACUUCUAGAUCUCUGAUGGCGUGGCUUAGCAGAAAUCAGAAGAAUUUUUUUUUUUGGAACAAGGAGAGAGCACCAUGCCACGCAACACUGUUCUCCUGCUAAGACUCUGCUGUACAUAACCUGACCUUUCUGUUUUAAGAUCACAAAUUCUAAUUGCUGUGCAUUCCUGAAGUCAAAUAGAAAAUGAAGAAACCAGCAGGCAAUGACAUUUCUUUUCUUGUCCUUUUUAUAUAUUUUUUAAGGGUGAUGCUAAACUUUUGCAUGUGAUUGUCACUUCCAAAACCUUUACAUAUCUAUAAAAAGGUUGCAAGAAAAUAUGAUUAACUGCACCACACUUAUAGCUGAAAUUAGAAACAAUAACUGAAAUAUAUCCUGAUAGCAAGGGAAAACUAAUUUAUAUCUAAUUCUUAUAUAGUAGACCAGUUUUUAACAUGUUCAUUAAAAGUAUGAAUGUUUUGAUAGUCAGUCAUUCACAGGAGAAAGCAAUAGAUUUAAGACGACGAAAUGAUUUUUUUAACCAUGACAGAGUGUUUGUUUGUGUAUGUGUGCUAAAAAUUGUGGAUUCUGUUUAAAAAGAAAAUUUCAGUGUAGGUACAGCAAUCUGUUUGCACUUAAGUCCAAUAUCCUCAGCUGAAAUGUAAUUUUAUUUUGGGCUGCCCUUAGAAAUAGAGAAGAUAUAUAUUGGAAAGUAAACAAUGGCAAGAAUAUACAAACACUGGCAUCACUUACUGCCCUCAACUGUUUAUCCUUUUAAAAUAUUAACCUGUUUUGAUGCAAAUUAUACAGCAACUAGCUACAUGGUUAAUUAAUUGUUUUCUUUACAAAUAGUUUUCUUUUUACAAUUAUUGGUCCAUGACAAUCUUAAAAUGACCAAUAUUGUGACUUACUGAUGUUAAGCAUUGAAGUAUAAUAGUUUUUAACAUUUGGUAAGAUGACAAAUUAUUUUCUAGAUUGUCAGUUUUUGGAUUGUUCAUUAGAUUGACAGCAACACAAAUUUUAAUUUGUCAAAAUUAACCUCAGUUUGACAGGACAGCUGUCUGGUUUGAGGGUCUGGUGAAGCUACUAAAUAUAGGAAACAAUGAAUACCUGCAAUGAUGGCAAGAUCUCUUAGUGAGACAUCCCAAGCAUCUUUUUAUUUCUCCAGUUCUGAAAAUCUAUUGUAUUGAAUAUUGAUUGCAAAAGCACAUAAUUUUACAUUACCAAUUUUCAGGAAAUUUUGAGUUCAAACUUGAGUUAUUUGAAAUGGAAAGAGACUCAGUGGGAGCCUGCUUGAUAGUCAGCAGUCAAGCCUUCUCACUGCUGUUGUUGUGUGAAGUGGCCUGGAUAUAAACUCAUUCAAGCCAGUUUUUCUCAUUGUCAAAUUGUGAGAGACCAUGUCUAAUAUCAAGUUUCCAUAUGCUUUUCAUUUUUAAAUACAAUCCCUUGCCCAGAGAAGGGCUGGUAGAGAAGUUUUAGUCUUGCUGAUAUUAACUGAGGUGUGAGUGUGUGUGCGUGUGUGCGUGGUUGAAGUUGAGGGUUGUCUGACUUUCAUUGGCAGGUCGGCCACAACUACAGACUUGUUAGCACAUUGCAAGUCUUGGAUGUGCUUGAGGGUCACCUUUUAGUCUCCAGCCUGUUGAGUUUGAAAAGCUUCCCAUCAAGUUGAAACUUGUGACCCCUUCUUGAAGUUGGACCUGAGUAAAAUCCAUGACCAGCCUGGCUCUGUGCCAAGCAGAUUCAAAACAGUUUGGACGCCAGUCAUUGCAAAGGAUGGUUACUUUCAUGCUGUCAUGCAGGAGUUUCAUUGUAGUAACAAACUUGGCUAGAUGUACAAUUCUCUUGAGUACCUUCAAAAGGGCUUUAUAGUCGAUGCAGUCAGAGGCCUUUGACAGAUUAUUAAAAACCAUUUGGAGCUCUUUGUUUCAGAUACUUGGAUUUUUCAAGUGACAAACAUCAUGUCUUUGAUUUCUCAAAGCGAAAUUGGCUCUCUGGAAGGACUGGUGGGAGCUGGCCCAGGAUGCUUUCUGGGAGAAUCUUCCUAUGGAGGAGCCGAGGAAUAUGUCUGUAUCAUUUUCCCAAAUUGAUUUAUCACUCUACCUGAAAGUGUGAUGUAACAAGCAUGUGAUGUUAUACAAACUGGUUUUGUUUUGUUUCGUACAAAUUAUCCAGUGUCUAUUGAUAAAUUCCCAGGUGUUUUGUUUUAAUGCAAUUUGUAAUGUUAACAAAGAGUGAACUGCUACAAUGCAUUUGUAUUCCCAGGCCUGAGUGUGACAGGUUGAGCAAUCUAAAUUGUUGAUCAGUCUUACCGACUCACCAAUUGCUAAACCUCUCUUUGCCUGAAUUACACCACGUCACUGAGUGGAAAGUCUUGUUUUCAUUGAACAGCUUGGAUUAUACUAAGGGUAUGACAUCUGUGUAGGGACUUUGGUUCAUAGAUGCAACGCCUUUCCCAAACCCAAAAAUUGGAAGUAAGGUCCCCUGACUAAAUGCAACUGUCUCUUAAUUGUAUCAUUGUUUACUCAAACUUGGAAUACGUCAUUUUUAUUUUAUUGGCUAUACAGAAAUAAGGAUAAGAAUAUUGAAGAACUUCUGAUUUCCAUCGGCAAUUAAAUUAACAGCUGUUGGGUAAUAUGGCGCUAUAAUUGCCCUGUUAUGUACGCAUGUUUAGAUAUCUUGCAUUAAGAAGAGGUUUAGCAAACUUAGAAGUAUGAUAUGAUCAUAAUAUCAUGUAGUAACAACAAAUUGAUACUUUCCAAAAUGAAGCACAAGAAUAGUUUUAGUAAAGCUUUGCACUAAAUAAAUGCAGUGACUGCCUAUCAAACUGAAAUGACCUAAAAACACAAUUCUCCAUUUCAGCUAUUCUACAGGGAGAAUUACUUGGGAGUGUAACGAGUUUUGAGGUCAAGCAAAAUGCAAUUUCUGAGGAAAUAAAAUUGCAUUUAGUUGUGUGUUGCAUACAGUAUGUCUCUGCUAAACAUUGACUCGCUUAAUAUUGCUAAUGGUGUCAAUAUAUCGUUCGAUGCUGUCAGUUUUAUUUUAAUGUAGUUUAUCAAACCUCCUGUGGUCUGCCCUUCAAAUAAACGGUUUCCUAACACUUCUGCCUUCACCCCAGUCCCUCUCCACACCACUCACCCCUCUUCAAAAGUCUGUUGCCACCCUUUCUACAACAUUUAAAAACACUGCUUUCCUGGAUAGUGCCAUCAGAUUUGCUAUGCUCAAUCUAGUGGCCAGUGUUCAUCAGUGCACUUGACACUGAUCUCACAGAAUCAUAUGUUGUGGGCCACAGAUUGUGUGAGAAUUACACUGAGAUUGCCACUUGGCUUCUGUUUAUAUUAAGAGUUCCACACUUCUGAAAGGAGAUUUCAAUCCGAGCUCUUUCAAAAGUGCAGAGCGUACCCCAAAACUAACAGGUGCAGAACAGUUGAGGGAAGGCUAAUUGUAUUCCCUUUUCUCACAGCAGCCAGAUGCCAUGUCCGGUAAAUUAAACAUCCAGCGUCACCAGCAGCUACUGACAGCUCACGUGCUUAUCCUUUCACAGGAGCAAAGUGUGAGGGUAGGGUGCUGGUGAGACAGGGAUAAAGUGCUAGGAUGCCUGGGCACAAGGUGGGGAAAAGGCCAGGUAAGUGACGGAGCAUAUUUUGUGAUGGAUAGGAGGUACUGGGUCUGGCAGUGGUGUUGAGGUUGAGUUUGAGACAGAGACAGACUGUUGGGUGGUUACCGGGAGGUGUUGUGUCAGGAUCUGGGUUGCAAAGGAUUUGAAGGAGGAGACCUUAAGAAUUCCUCCAGCAUCCUCUGUUUUUAUUUCAGAUUUCCAGCAUCCACAGUGUGUUGCUUUUAUCUAGGCUUUUAAUAAUCUACCUAUUCCUGACUUUUUUUUAGAAAACUUAACUGGAAAUCUCCAAAUUAUGCAAUUUUAAUGGAUACUUUGGGGGUAACAGGCAUAAGGAAUUGUCCAUCAGAAUCUUCAACUUUUCAGACAAUUCCCUCAGAAACUUUGACAUUGGCAAUUCUGCAGGAUCCGUCUAUGUUGCAGAAAUGGCUAUUUGGCCAUCAGAAAAUCUGGGCAGCAGGUAAUUCUACAUUUUGGUGAUGUGUUUUAUUUUGCAAGCUAACUCAGCUCAGAAUGCAGUUUUGCACAUGUACAGUAAAAUGUUUCACCUCUUGCAUUGCACAGUUGUCCAAAAGAAAAGAGAAAGGAAUCUCACUCUAGUUUUAACAUUGAUUCCCAUGAGACAACCCAUGAUUCACGUAAAGGUCUGAUAUUCAGGAAUGCAGCCGUUACUUUACUUGAGGGCUUACCCAAUUGCGUACAAGGGAAUGGAAAAAGACAUAAAGGAACUGAGCUGAACUUGAAGUGAUAAAGUAAUGAAUUUGUUUCUUGUUAGGUAAAUGAAUAACAGCAAAGCUUUCCUUCUGUUAAUAUUUACUGCUUUGCAUUUAAUAUUGUAUCAAUGAUAUCCUAUUCAGACAGUAUGUUAAUAAAAUCAAUUGAGUUUAUUGAAGGCUUACUAUUGAAGAAAUUAGAUAUCCAUUGCCAUUAUUUUAAUAGGUACCUAACAAUAAACAAUAAUAAUCACUUUCAUAACCAAGUAUUUGAAAUACUUCAUCUGCCUUUUUUCUCCAUGUUUCAACGCUUGCUUCCUCUUACUGAAUCAUGGAAAUGUUAUGGUGUAAAAGGAGACCAUUCAACCCAUGAUGUCUGCUCUGGAUCUUCAAAUGAGCAUCAUUACCUAGUGUCAAUCUCCUGCAUUUUUUUCCCAGAUCCUUGCACAUUAUUGCCAUCCAGAUAAUCAUCCUCCUGAAUGCCUCAACUGAACAUGCCUCCACCACGUUUCCAGGCAGUGCAUUCCCCCUUCCCUAACUACUGGCUGUGAGAAAACAUUAUCUCUUACAUCACUUUAGCAGCAUCUUAUUUUUUUUUCCUGUUUUUGAGUAGAAAGCUCACAAAUUAAUGUUGGCCACAGGCAGCACAAACUUCUCAAGUUUGGCUGGUUGUGUUGUGUCAGGAUGUGAUAGAAAUUUAAGCGUUGGCUGCUGAGGUUUGUCAUAGGAAUGUUGUGGUUGGCUUCAGCACAAAAUGGAAGCGUCAGACACUUGCUUGACUUUCGUCAUUAUACAGGAUUAUGGGGACAUUGAGAAGACCAAGCUUGGCUCUGAUGUACAUCCAGGCGGAAGGACCUCUUUUGUGCUAUAUGGUUCUAUUCUGUUCUAACCUUGUUGGAAUUUUGUUUGAAAACUUCCAAGAAUAAUGGUUUCUGGGCUGAGGCACUGGAUGUGUAUUUCUGCAGUGAGGAAGUAAACGCCUUGGUGAGGUGAAGGCAGAAAGCUAAAACAAGGUAGUUGAAGUGAAGGAAAACUAUGUCCACUACCAAAAAGAAACGUUUAGUUUAUGUAAACUGCGCUCUGUUAGAACAAAGAUCGAGUAAAUACAUCCUUGACUGUCAAGUGGUUCUAAAUCUUUAGCUCCAGUGAGUACUUUUGAGGCAAUUAAGGGUACAAGGGUAUUUUUUGAAUAAUCCUGCCGCAUAAUUUUGUGUAAUCUAGAAGCUGAAGUGUCACUGAAUACAUAAGGAGCCCAUUUAGUGAAGAAAUUAGUAAACUUCAUUACUUCAUUUUAGGGCCCUGAAACCAAAUGUCAUGUAUGCUUCCAGAUGCAACUGAUGCCUCUUCAUAUAGAACAGCUUUUAUUUAGCUGUUUGAUUUUUAUUUUUCUGAGGCACCAGUUUACUGGAGCAUGAGGGGGGCAAUGAAUUUGUGAUUAGUAGCAAAGUAGCUGAGGCAGUUAUUUGGGUUUAAUAGCGAGAGGUCAUUAGUUCUCAACCUUGUUCUUUGGGAGGAUACUACUUCAGAGUUUUAGAAAAUUUUACAAGUACCAGCACAGUUUAUUACCUUUACAGUGAGAAAACAUGACAACAGCAUUUCAGAUUAGCUCGAUGAUCAGGGUAUCGGUAAAUGCGUUUGAAAAGUUGGAGGGAAGGAAAUAAUCCUACAAAAUUAAACAAACUAUUUUGCUCAUUUGAAAGAGACAUUCUUGUGGUUUGCAGUUUUCUGUGAAUAUUUUUCUUCAGAAAUUCACACUUACUACUUUUUGUGUGUGUGUGUGUGUGUGUGUGUGUGUGUGUGUGUGUGUGUGUGUGUGUGUGUGUGUGUGUGCACAUACUUAUAUGAAGGAAUGUGUUGUUAAUUGUACUGGAUAUUAAUUGCUGCUAUAGGUAAAUUGAAUGUAGAUGAACUUUGUCUUUGGAACAAAGGUAUACUGAGGAAGCCUGAAUGAAGAAACCAUGCUGGUGCAACAACCAGAGUAGUUGUCACUGCAGAGCAAUCAAAUAUGAACUCUGACUCAAUCCAUCCACUGUUUUAUUCUGUGAUGGUGUCAUAUGACAAACUGUCCUGAACAUUGUUCAGAGCAAAGAAAGGAAAAUUGCCUAAGAAUUCAUCUGGGUGGCAGUGACUAGCAAUAGAGCAUUGUACUGACAGCAACAUUAAGUAUAACAGUAAAUAAAGCCAUUGAAAUUGAA